AGACCAAACAAGCCGCUUGCCGAUGUUUGUUGUCAAUGACAGCCGCCUGCUAGCUGAAGUCAUGGCGUUGCUUAAACAAAGUUGCUGUGUAGCGGGUCGUUUUUCCACAAACCACCUAUGGCUGAGUCCUAGAUCCAUCCCACAUAUUUAUACAAGUAAUCUGACAACUGCGGCCAAAUCUUCUCCAGAGCGGACAGACAGGAAGAAGGAGCUGCUGAGCGAAGACGGGCCUGAUCUGCAGGACUUUAUUUCAGGGGAACUGUCGGAGAAAAGCAAGUGGACAGAGUACAGAGGCAACCUGAAGAGACAGAAAGGAGAGAGGCUGAGGCUUCCUCCGUGGCUGAAGACUGAGAUCCCCAUUGGAAAGAACUACAACAGGCUGAAAAACACGCUGAGAGACCUGAACCUGCACACAGUGUGUGAAGAGGCUAGGUGUCCAAACAUCGGGGAAUGUUGGGGAGGAGGAGAAUUUGCCACGGCCACUGCCACCAUCAUGCUGAUGGGAGAUACGUGCACCCGUGGGUGCAGGUUCUGCUCAGUAAAGACGGCUCGUCAACCCCCACCUCUGGACCCCGAUGAGCCGUACAACACAGCCAAGGCCAUCGCUGCCUGGGGGCUAGACUACGUGGUUCUGACCUCAGUCGACAGAGACGAUAUUGCUGAUGGAGGAGCAGCACACUUUGCUAAGACUGUUUGUCACCUGAAGGAAAGAAAUUCUCAGAUCCUGGUUGAAUGUCUGACCCCUGAUUUCCGUGGUGACCUGGCGGCUGUGGAGAAGAUCUCCCUGUCGGGGUUAGACGUGUACGCCCACAAUGUGGAGACAGUGCGUGAGCUGCAAAGAUACGUCCGUGACCCCAGAGCAAACUUUGACCAGUCCCUGAGCGUCCUGAAGCACGCCAAGAAGAUCAAACCCAGCGUGCUCACCAAGACUUCCAUCAUGCUGGGACUGGGAGAGACUGACCAACAGAUAAUGAACACUCUGACUGAGCUGCGAGGAGCAGGAGUGGACUGUCUCACGCUCGGCCAGUACAUGCAACCCACUAAACGCCACUUAAAGGUGGAAGAAUACGUUACUCCUGAAAGAUUUGCUCACUGGGAGAAAGUUGGAAAUGAAAUGGGUUUUGUCUACACAGCCAGUGGGCCACUGGUUCGAUCUUCCUACAAAGCAGGCGAGUUCUUCCUGAAGAAUCUACUGAAAAAGAGAAAAGCGGAAGCUGCAACACCACAAUGAGAAACUCAUCUCUACCUGCAAUAAGUAAAACAAAAUGUGCUUUGUUCACCAUCACAGCACUCCGUUGUUGUCAGGUGUAGUGCAGAAAACACCAAACAUAAUCCAACAAGUUUAAGAAUUUGUGCAGUUUAAAGGGUGCAAAGGUGACUAAAACAAAUCCUGUUAAAAGUUUAUGGACCACUAUGUUUAUUUUAAACACUUAUCCACAAGUGUCCACCUGUAACAGCCCAGAGCUGUUUAGGAAGAUCAAAGAAGGGCAUGUAGGCCGUGUCCAUGUAGCCCUGCCAGGACAAAUACAACCUAACAUGAGGACAAGCUGUAUUUUUCUCCUCAAGGGCUCGUAAAUCACAUCUACUCCAGCCAGAGUGAGGUUAGAAGCUUCUGACCUUAAAGCAGCUCUGCUGGAAGAGCUUUGAUGUCUGCUGCUCCGCUUGUGAUUUAAUCAAGCCGGAGUUGUUUUUGAGCAAAGUCUUUCAGUGACUGAGGUGAAGUUAUGUGUGAUUUUCAUUUCAAAUGCUCUGUUAAACCCUCCCUUGGAGAGUCUUAUGUCAGAAGCACUUUUUGGGAUUAUCAGUGUUCACAGUGUAAUCACUGGAUAAGACAGAUGUAUGGGGUACAAAACAGAUCUCUAAAAUGUAUAUUUGUAUUUACAGAAUUAAAAAUCUUCAGUCUGUA